AUGAGUGGAUGGAGUGAGGACGCGCUUUUGGACAAAUUUGCUUUGGGCUUAGAUGAGGAAAUCUAUCAGCAAUGCGUCAAUCGCAAUCUGCCCAGGCGCUUGACCGUCUGGUUUGAGCACGCAGCUGACAUCGAGCUGGAUUUAACCAGGCUUCGUUGUGCCAAAGAGGAAAGACGAAUGAGAGAGAAGAAAGCUUGGCUGCUCCUGUAUUAUUCCGUGAGAAAAAAGAUGGCUCUCUCCGUUUGUGUUGUGAUAUUGCUUAAGAUUGUCCAAAAUGCAGCUUCUGGACAGGCACCUCCUCAGGGCUUCAGAUAUGCCUCUUACGACGUGAUCAUCCCAAGGAAGCUGUCUCCCAAGUAUGGGCAAGAAGAACCCCAGGAUGUGAGCUACCUCCUGCCCAUUGAAGGAAAUCCCCAUGUGGUAUUCCUCAGGCAAAGAAGGAACUUCAUCCCUAAAGUCUUUCCUGUCUUCACCUAUGAUACAGCAGGAGAUCUCCAGGUGGAUCAUCCUUUUAUCAAGGAUGAUUGUUUCUACCAUGGAUUUAUACAGAGAAAGUCCCCUUCUCGAGUCACCCUCAGUACAUGUUCAGGAGGCCUGAGAGGUCUCAUACAAAUGGAAAAUAAGACCUAUGAAAUUGAACCAGUUCAGGAAUCUUCUACCUUUCAACACGUGGUGUUUCAGUUAGAAGUAGAGGAAGGGGUUCCUCGAAUGACUUGUGGAGUAGGAGAGAAACAGCAGAAACAUCAAGAGGACACAAUUCCCAAAACAGAGAAUCUUGGAAAGAAAGAUGUUUUUGGUAAAUCCUGGUGGCCACAUAGGAGAUAUGUUGAUGUAGCAAUUGUGAUUGAUCAUGAACGAUAUUUGCAGUUUAACACCAAUGAAUCUUUUAUUACAAUGCGAGUUCUGGAUAUUAUCCACACUACAAAUUCAUUUUAUUAUGCACUUUCUGUUCAUCUUUCAAUAGUAGGCUUAGUGAUAUGGUCACAAAGCAACCCCAUAGAGAUUACCACUUCAUCAGAUGACACCCUUAAAUUGUUUAAUACUUGGAGAAAAGACCACCUGCUUAAAAUUUUAAAAAAUGAUGCUGGUCACUUAUUUGCAUAUAGGGAUUUUGGGGUAAUAGUAGGACUUGCUUAUGUUGGAACUAUAUGUAGCAGUCAUUGGGCAAGUGGUAUAGAAUCGUAUAGAACUUCCAGUUUGUUUUAUAUGUCUGAACUAUUUGCCCAUGAACUGGGACACAAUCUUGGAAUGCAACAUGAUGAAAAUUAUUGUCAUUGUGGAAAGCCUGUUUGCAUUAUGGCACCCUAUGCAGCAGAGACUGAUAAAUUUAGUAACUGCAGUUACAAGGAUUAUUUUCACUAUAGAAACACUUGGUGUUUAUUUGUCCCACAAAACACUAGCACAACGAUUACAUAUUGUGGUAACAAAAGAGUGGAAAAUGGAGAGCAGUGUGACAUUGGGUCAGAAACACAAUGCAAGUCAGAUCCGUGCUGUCUACGUAAUUGUCGUUUGCGCCCCACAGCUGUUUGUGCCUUUGGACUGUGCUGUGCUAACUGCCAGUAUCGUCAACGUGGAACUGUUUGCAGAGAGAAGAUUAGCAGUUGUGAUCUCCCUGAAUAUUGCAAUGGGACUUCAGAGCACUGUCCAGAAGAUGUGCAUGUGCAAGAUGGUGCCUUGUGUAAUGAUGGUGUGUAUUGUUAUCAUGGGAAGUGCACGACUCAUGAUAUGCAGUGCAAAAUGAUAUUUGGUAGUGGAGCAACAGUCGCUUCUGAAGCUUGCUUUAGACAAGUGAAUAAUAAAGGUGAUCGCUUUGGCAACUGUGGCCUUAAACAUGGAAAUUACAAGAAAUGUGAUACUGGGGAUAGCCUGUGUGGCCGUAUUCAGUGUAAAAGUGAAGAAAUUCCUUCUUUGGAGGAUCACACUACAAUAAUUCAUACUUCCACUGGAGAUAAUCAAUGCUGGGGUACUGACUACCACACUGGGAUGAAGGUAGAUGAUAUUGGAGCCGUGAGAGAUGGUACUCCUUGUGGCAAUAACACGUUGUGCAUUGAGGGGAGUUGUGUCAAUGUGUCCAUUCUGAAAUAUGACUGUAAUGUCACAAUGUGCCACAAUCGGGGAGUUUGUAACACUCUCAAACACUGUCACUGUGAUAUUGGAUGGGCCCCUCCAGACUGCAGCAAUAUAGGCUAUGGAGGUAGCAUAGACAGUGGGCCACUUCCCAUUUCAGUAGAGGCUAAAGGUAGUGUGAAAAUCUCAGCUAUAGCUGGAAUAUUCUGUGCCUUUUGUCUCACAAUUGUUUCUACUGGUCUGAUUAUCUGGUUCAAAGAUAGGCUGAGAAACCGAUUUGGAAAAUUUCAGGGAAGAGUCCAUGCUACAGAAUCAAAUGAUGAAGGAGCACCAAUGUAA